AUGGCUGUCGACCAUGCGGAAGUUGGAACAGACGACCUACUGCUUCCAAAAAUAGAGUUCUCCUCACUAUGCGGACAAUGCACUGGUCUCACUGCAUGGAUUGAUGAACAGUAUCGCAUUCGCAUUCUGUAUCCAUACCUCCCACCGCCAGUCGAGCGCUACGUACUCCGAAACAGUCCCUCUCCUACCUGUACACUAUGCCAAUACAUUACCUAUAAACAGCUAGUAACGUCAUCUAUGGAUGGAUUGCCGUCCACAAUGGUCUGGCAGGCCGACGAUAAUGUCGAGGUAACUUUUUAUACGCAGUUCGAGAACGCCAUACGCUUGGAACUCCGGACAAUGAGAACCGUAGACAAAGAAAUUCGACAGCUGAUGGUUCUCUUACUGGCACGAGAAGAGCAAAAGUCCCACGUAUCGAAACAUGAUCAUCCCAAUGACACGAUCCUGUCGUCAGCUUGGAAUUCAGCCACCGCAUGGUUAGAAGUCUGCUCUAGAAGUCACGGGUGUCGUACACCAGGUGCAAUAGACCUUCCAACCAGAUUGAUAUAUGUUGGCCAAUCCAACGAGCCACCCAGGCUUCUAGAAGCGAGCCAUAUAGAUCCGGCCUCCCAAUACUGCACAUUAUCCCACUGCUGGGGAAAAAUUCCCAUGUUAAAGCUAGAAAAGGCAAACUACAAGGACUUUAUGCAGGAAAUCCCAUGGUAUAAAUUAACUAAAACUUUUCAGCAUGCUAUACUCGCCACGAGAAAUUUCGGUUUCAAGUAUAUAUGGAUCGAUUCGCUUUGCAUCAUUCAAAAUGACGAGUCUGAUUGGUCUACCGAAUCAUCAAGGAUGGCUUCAGUUUAUAAGAACACGAGCUUGAAUCUGGCAGCCACAGCUGGAUCCGAUGGAAACUCUGGCCUUUUUUUCGAACAGGAUCGCAGAGAUCUAUGGGUUCCAAGCCUUCAUCUUCCAAAAUCCUCAAAGACACUCUACCUUCACGGGAAUUUUUUCGAACCAGUAUCUAAAAGUACACUUCUAUCCCGCGGAUGGAUAGUACAAGAAAGGUGGCUUUCGCCGAGGACGCUGCAUUUCACUAAGGACAAACUACGCUGGGAGUGUGGGCAUGGAUUAGCUUCAGAGACCUCACCAGAAAUUCGGCCGAGAUAUAUCCCCGUUGAAAUUAAAGAUUACUCAGUGCAUAAAGACCGAAAUGUGGGACAUAAUCUGUGGAGCAGAAUAGUACAGACGUAUUCUAGUUGUUAUCUGUCCGAGGAAAGGGAUAGGUUAGUAGCUCUCUCGGGUAUUGCUAGGGAGAUGUAUCGGAAGACUCAAGACGGAUACCUAGCCGGUCUAUGGAAAAGCUCUCUACCUACUGAUCUGGUGUGGAGGUCUCUUCAUGUUACCCAAGAGCCCACACGGACAAAACGUUACAGAGCACCAUCCUGGUCGUGGGCAUCAGUGAUAGGACCUGUUUCCCUAGAUGAAGCUUGGGAGCGUGGGCUCAAACCUUGCGUUUUAUUGAAUGAAUCAGGUAUUACGCCUCUCGCUGACGGGGACAUAUUUGGCCAAGUGAGUAAUGGAUAUUUAAGACUCCAGGGGCAUCACCUUAUUACUCCAGAAGUUCUCUAUGAGCCCCGACGAGCACCAAACGUGCAAGUAGUUGUGAAUAGUGGCUUGGCGGUCAAAAUUGAACUUCACUUCGAUCAGCCCCCUUUUCACCAUAGAGAGAAUAUCAUCUUGAUGAUAGCUUAUACAGUUUAUCCUCGGUAUUUAACUUGGUCGAAGGGGGCGAAAACCUUAAGAGGCUUAGUAUUAGAGGAAGAAGGAGUGCAAGGAUGCUAUAGACGUGUUGGCAUGUUUGAAAUUCCCGGAACUUGGAAAGGGGGAGGACGUACAGGACGAGGUCUCACAUUACAGCAAUUUUUAGACCUACCAGGGAAACAUGAUGAAGAAGAGUAUCACAGUAUCUCUGUCGGCGCAGACGGGAAGAAGACUCAUGUUGUCACGCUCAUUUGA